AUGAUCGCACGUUUGAACCCUGGUGGAAAGAAAACAGGGAUAUAUGAAUGUGAAUUCUUCGCACUUUUCAGUGCCUUGUUUUUGUGGGCCAGCUUGGUCAAUAGUGCUUUGGUUGUUUACACUGACAAUAAUGCAGUUCGAGAUGCCAUGAUCUCAUGUCAUACUUCAAAUGUUGUGGCCAGGAGAGUGUUGGUAGCAGCUUUGUCGAUUGAAAGUGAAUAUUAUCUUGCACCCUGGUAUGCCACAGAUUCAAAUUUGGCAGACAACCCAUCACGUCUGUCAAUCAGACAACUGCAAGAGCUUGGUGCGCAGCAGUCUGAACUGAACUUGAGCGACUGUUGGGAUGCACUGGUCACCAGGGCCGAAAAGUGGGGAGACGAACAGGUCACCAGUGCAUCCCCAACAGAAAAGAAGUGA